GCUACCGCUCAGAUGGAAGAGCGUCUAAAGGAAAUUAUCACCAGCUACUCUCCCGACAGUGUUCUUCCCCUCGCAGACGGAGUGCUUAGUUUCACUCACCAUCAGAUUAUUGAACUGGCUCGAGAUUGCUUAGAUAAAUCCCACCAGGGCCUCAUUACCUCAAGAUACUUCCUUGAAUUACAGCACAAAGUAGAUAAGUUGCUACAGGAGGCUCAUGAUCGUUCAGAAAGUGGAGAAUUGGCAUUUAUUAAACAGCUAGUUCGAAAGAUUCUAAUUGUUAUUGCCCGCCCUGCUCGGUUAUUGGAGUGCCUGGAAUUUGAUCCCGAAGAAUUUUACUACCUACUGGAAGCAGCAGAAGGCCAUGCAAAAGAAGGACAGGGCAUUAAAACUGACAUUCCCAGGUACAUCAUCAGCCAGCUGGGACUCAAUAAGGAUCCUUUGGAAGAAAUGGCUCAGUUGGGAAACUAUGAUAGUGGAACAGCGGAAACACCAGAAACAGAUGAAUCAGUAAGUAGCUCAAAUGCUUCCCUAAAACUUCGAAGGAAACCUCGGGAAAGUGAUUUUGAAACAAUUAAAUUGAUUAGCAAUGGAGCCUAUGGGGCGGUCUACUUUGUCCGGCAUAAGGAAUCCCGGCAGAGGUUUGCCAUGAAGAAGAUUAACAAGCAGAAUCUCAUCCUUCGAAACCAGAUCCAACAGGCCUUUGUGGAACGGGAUAUCCUGACUUUUGCAGAAAACCCCUUUGUGGUCAGCAUGUAUUGCUCCUUUGAAACAAGGCGCCAUUUGUGCAUGGUCAUGGAAUAUGUGGAAGGGGGAGAUUGUGCUACCUUAAUGAAAAAUAUGGGUCCUCUCCCUGUUGAUAUGGCACGAAUGUACUUUGCUGAGACUGUCUUGGCCUUGGAAUAUCUACAUAAUUAUGGAAUUGUUCACAGGGAUUUAAAACCAGACAACUUGUUGGUCACCUCCAUGGGGCACAUAAAGCUGACGGAUUUUGGGUUAUCUAAGGUGGGACUGAUGAGCAUGACCACCAAUCUUUAUGAGGGUCACAUUGAGAAGGAUGCUCGAGAGUUCCUGGAUAAACAGGUCUGCGGCACACCUGAAUACAUCGCACCAGAAGUGAUUCUGAGGCAAGGCUAUGGAAAGCCAGUGGACUGGUGGGCCAUGGGUAUCAUCCUCUAUGAAUUUCUGGUUGGAUGUGUGCCAUUCUUUGGAGAUACUCCAGAGGAGCUAUUUGGACAAGUCAUCAGUGAUGAGAUCAACUGGCCUGAGAAGGAUGAGGCCCCCCCAGCCAAUGCUCAGGAUCUGAUUACCUUGUUGCUCAGGCAGAAUCCCCUGGAGAGACUGGGAACAGGUGGUGCGUAUGAAGUCAAACAACAUCGAUUCUUCCGUUCUUUGGACUGGAACAGUUUGCUGAGACAGAAGGCAGAAUUUAUUCCCCAGUUGGAAUCUGAGGAUGACACAAGUUAUUUUGAUACUCGGUCAGAGAAGUACCAUCAUAUGGAAACUGAGGAAGAAGAUGACACAAAUGACGAAGACUUUAAUGUGGAAAUAAGGCAGUUUUCUUCAUGUUCACAUAGGUUUUCAAAAGUUUUCAGCAGCAUAGAUCGAAUAACUCAGAAUUCAGGAGAAGAGAAGGAAGACUCUGGGGACAAAGCCAAAAGCACAACCUUGCCGUCCACAGAAACAUUAAGCUGGAGUUCGGAAUAUUCUGAAAUGCAACAGUUAUCCACAUCCAACUCUUCAGACACCGAAAGCAACAGACGUAAACUCAGUUCUGGCCUGCUUCCCAAACUGGCUAUUUCAGCAGAGGGAGGACGAGAUGAAGCUGUCCCCUGCCCUGGAGAUCCCCACGAGGGGCCAGAAAAGCCAGCCCUUCCUCCUGAAGAGUGUGCCCAGGAGGAGCCUGAGGUCACCACCCCGGCCAGCACCAUCAGCAGCUCCACCCUGUCAGUUGGCAGUUUUUCAGAGCACUUGGAUCAGAUAAAUGGACGGAGCGAGUGUGUGGACAGUACAGAUAAUUCCUCAAAGCCAUCCAGUGAACCCGCCUCUCACAUGGCUCGGCAGCGAUUAGAAAGCACAGAAAAAAAGAAAAUCUCGGGCAAAGUCACAAAGUCCCUCUCUGCCAGUGCUCUGUCCCUCAUGAUCCCAGGAGAUAUGUUUGCUGUGUCCCCGCUGGGAAGUCCCAUGUCUCCCCACUCCCUGUCCUCGGACCCUUCUUCUUCACGAGAUUCCUCUCCCAGCCGAGACUCUUCCGCAGCUUCUGCCAGUCCCCAUCAGCCCAUCGUGAUCCACAGUUCAGGGAAGAACUAUGGCUUCACCAUCCGAGCCAUCCGGGUGUAUGUGGGAGACAGUGACAUCUAUACGGUGCACCACAUCGUUUGGAAUGUAGAAGAAGGAAGUCCAGCGUGCCAGGCGGGUCUGAAGGCUGGAGAUCUGAUCACACACAUCAAUGGAGAACCGGUGCAUGGACUUGUCCACACAGAAGUGAUCGAGCUCCUUCUGAAGAGUGGAAAUAAGGUGUCAAUCACAACUACCCCAUUUGAAAACACAUCCAUCAAAACAGGACCAGCCAGGAGAAAUAGCUAUAAGAGCCGAAUGGUAAGGCGAAGCAAGAAAUCUAAGAAGAAAGAAAGUCUCGAAAGGAGGAGAUCUCUUUUCAAAAAACUCGCCAAGCAGCCUUCUCCUUUGCUCCACACCAGCCGCAGUUUCUCCUGCCUGAACCGAUCCCUGUCAUCAGGAGAGAGCCUCCCGGGCUCCCCCACCCACAGCUUGUCUCCCCGGUCUCCCACGCCAAGCUAUCGCUCCACCCCUGACUUCCCAUCUGGUACCAAUUCCUCACAGAGCAGCUCCCCCAGUUCUAGUGCCCCCAAUUCCCCCGCGGGGUCCGGGCACAUCCGGCCCAGCACCCUCCACGGCCUGGCACCCAAACUCGGUGGGCAGCGGUACCGGUCUGGAAGGCGGAAGUCGGCUGGCAACAUCCCACUCUCCCCGCUGGCCCGGACACCCUCUCCCACCCCCCAGCCCACCUCUCCUCAGCGGUCCCCGUCCCCGCUUCUGGGACACUCGCUGGGCAAUUCCAAGAUCGCACAGGCCUUUCCCAGCAAGAUGCACUCCCCGCCCACGAUCGUCAGACACAUCGUGAGGCCCAAGAGCGCCGAGCCCCCCAGGUCCCCGCUCCUCAAGCGCGUGCAGUCUGAGGAAAAACUGUCACCCUCCUACGGCAGUGACAAGAAGCACCUGUGCUCCCGCAAGCACAGCCUGGAGGUGACCCAGGAAGAGGUGCAGCGGGACCCGUCGCCGCGGGAGGUGACGCUGCAGAGCCUGGAGGAGAAUGUGUGCGACGCGCCCCCCCUGAGCCGGGCCCGGCCCGUGGAGCAGGGCUGCCUGAAGCGCCCCGUGUCCCGCAAGCUGGGUCGCCAGGAGUCUGUGGACGACCUGGACCGGGACAAGCUGAAGGCCAAGGUGGUGGUGAAGAAGCCAGAUGGCUUUCCGGAGAAACAAGAAUCCCACCCGAAGCCCCACGGACUUGGGAGUGACCUGGAAAGCCUCGCUGUCUUCAAGCUAGAAGAGAGAGAGAAGAAGAUCUACCCGAAAGCUUUGGAAAAGUCGAAUCAUCUUGAAAACAAACCGGCCAUGCAGGAGGCCCAGUCCCUGGGCAGCCUGCUGAGGGAUGCACUUCACAAGCAGGCCAGCGUGCGGACCAGCGAGGCCGUGACCUUGGACGGGUCAGCCAGCUAUGGCUCGACGCCCGGCGAGCACGGCCAGGGUUGCGGGGACUUCAAACGGGCCCCUGCUCCGGGCACCCUCCAGGACAGUCUCUGUCCCUCCGUCGACAGGUCUCCCUCCGGGAAGGGAGAAAGCACAGAGAGGCCCGCCCAGGCCAAGGAGUUUCUCCGAUGUGAGAAGCUGGACAGCAAACUGGCCAAUAUCGAUUACCUACGGAAGAAAAUGUCACUUGAUGACAAAGAUGACAGCCUCCGCCCCAUGCUGAAGCCCAAGAUGCCAGCUAGCGCCCACGAAUGCCUGCCAGGGAACCCAGGCCGGCCCACGGGGGGGCAGCAGGAGUCCCUGCCAUCCUCUGAGAGCCGGGCCUUUGUCGCCAGCCCCCAGGCAGCUCAGAUGAGCGCGGUCUCUUUGGUUCCCCUCAAGGCCUUGGUGGGCCGGGUGGACAGCGGGGCAGAAAAGCCGGCCUCUGGCUUGGUUGCUCCUGAGUCCCCUGUCAGGAAGAGCCCCUCCGAGUAUAAGUUGGAAGGUAGGUCUGUUUCAUGCCUGAAGCCGAUCGAGGGCACUCUGGACAUUGCUCUCCUCUCCGGACCCCAGGCCUCCAAGACAGAGCUGCUUUCGCCAGAGCCUGUGCAGAGCCCCAGCCCGGGCAAUGAAACAGGGCCCUCUGUGCCACCAGCUGUCCCCAGCAGUGGGAAAAAGGGAGAACCUGCCAGUCCAAGAGAGCCUUCUCCUGCGAGCUUAAAGACAAAUAAGUCCCACCUGCUGGAGCCUCGGUUCCUGCCCCCCGGCCGGGGUCCCCAGAACUCACCAGCAGCUCCCUUGCCUGACACGGAACUAAAGCGGGUCAGGAAAGCCCCCCAUGCUGCUGCCAGGAGCCCAGUGACAAUCAUCGAAAGUGGUCCCCACCAGAGAGAGGGCAACCUCCUCAAACCCCAAGACCACACCAGAGAUCCCAGGCUCCUCCCCUGCCCGGGGCAGACCCUCCACAGCGGUGACCCAGCCAGGCCACACAGCCCACUCCCAGCCGAAGGUGCCCCGUCACGGGAGAAGCCAGGCCAGAGGGAAUCCCCUGAAAGGGGCCCUCCCACAGCCAGAAGUGAAUGGUCGGCCGCAAGGGCUGAUGUCCGCAGACAGCCCUCUAUGGAGCCGCGCCUUCCAGAAACUGCUAAAGCCAGUGACAACCCCCCAAAUCCCCCCUCUGUGGGAAGGACCCACCCAGAUUUCUACACGCAGACCCAGGCCAUGGAGAAGGCAUGGGGGCCUGGCAGAAGAACAAACCUCAAAGACAGCCGAGAGGAGGCGAGGCCCCUGACCCGAGAGGACUCCUCUUCACGCUCAGCCAGGAUUCCCUGUGACAAGGAGCCAGACAAGGUGAGGGGUGGCUCAGAACCCAAGCCCGAAGCCCCUGCUGCUAGGUGGUCUCUGCAGCCCCCCGGAAUUGAGAGUGGGAGGAGUGAGAGGCUCUCCAGUUUCCCAACUUUGCAGAAAGAGGGUCCCAAGGAACCCGAAAGGAAGGAGCAGCCCCCACAAAGGCUUCUUGGCAGCAGCCCACAACCUCCACUGGUUGCCACAGAACUGCCCAGCCCGGCCACUUGGCAGAAUUGCAGUUCCCUGAGCCAUGCUUCUAGCAGAGAGCCGGGGGUCACACCCAAUGCCGCAGGGUCCAGCCUGGGCCCCCAGGACCCCCCCAGGCCCGCCGCCGUGCACAGUGAAAGCAGCAGCCACAAACCCCGGCCCGGCCCCGACCCGGUCCCUCCAAAGUCCAAGCACCCCGACAGGUCCCUGUCCUCACAGAAGACGAGUGUCGGGGCCACCAGGGGCAAAGAACCUGUCACUCAGGCCCUCGGCUGCUCUAGCAGGGAGGGGAAGGGCAGCCGGGGUGGCUUGGAUGCGCUCCCUGCCACGCCAGGCUCCCAGCACAAAGCUGGCGAUGCGGUUGGCCAGGGAGAACGCAGGUCCUCGCCCCCGCUGCACACCGAAGGGGGUCCUGGAGACACCAAGCCGAAGCCCCCCCGUGGUGGGCAUUCCCUGGAGGUGCUGGAGACAUCCACGCACUUGUCAAAGCAGGGACACCCAGGGCCCGGUGAGCCCGUAGACCAGAAACUUUCCACCGUCGGCGACAAGCAGAGCCUGUCUCCAAAGCACCCCAAACCAUCCACUGUGAAAGACGGCCCCCCUCUCUGCAGGCUGACGGACAAGAGCUCGGGCCAGCAGGCCACUGCCCCUGACAGGAGGGCCGAAGGGAAGAGAGGCACGGAAGCACUUUAUGUCCCGGCCGACGGCGACAGGCUGGAGGCCGGCCCUCCCCUUGCACUCGGGGAGGCCCGGCCGAGAGGCCCCGAGAGGUCAGCCGCGGUGGCUGGGAAGGGCCCCCCAGAGCCCAGAGGGAAAGGGCUCAGUCCCCAGAAGCCACCGACAGAGGCAGGCAAGCCCAGCAGCAUGAAACGGUCACCCUCAGCCACCGGGCAGAGUUCUCUUCCACCCGCUGCCCUCCCGGAAAAGCCUCUGAGCUGCUCCUCCAGCUUUCCCGAAGCUGGACCAGGAGUCCGAGAGGCCUCUGUGGCCCACAGCGACGCCACUUCUGCCAAGGCCGGGGCAGGCACGGGGGAACUCCCAGCCUCCAGCAACAGGGAUCACAGGAGGUCUCAGUCGGGGGGAGAUGGCAGAACCCAGAUGACAAAGAGCGACUCGUUGCCCUCCUUCCGGAUCGCCACCCUCCCUCUGGAGUCACACCACCCCGACCCAGGCGUCACGGCUGCAACCGGCCACCGGGACAGGGCUCUCUCCAUCACUGCCACCGUGGGAGAAACCAAAGGGAAGGACCCCGCCCCUGCCCAGCCGCCCCCAGCUAGGAAGCAGAACGUGGGCAGAGAAGCGACCAAACCGUCCCCAGCCCCCAACCCCGACCGCCCCGUCUCCUUUUCUUCUGAGAAGGACUUUGUGGUACGGCAGAGGCGGGGGAAAGAGAGCUUGCGGAGCAGCCCUCACAAAAAGGCCUCGUAACGGGGCGGGCCCGCGUCCCGACGACUUUUCAAAACCAGCACUGUGUGGGGAUGUCCGCCAGGCAGAGCUUGGAGCCUCCUUGAGGAAGGGGAGAGAGAGAGACCGACAGGAGACCUUCUUCCAGAUGCCUUCCCAGGUGCAGCCGGUAAAACUGUUACCAGAGGGUGUUUGUACAAAACACAAAAGUACCUUUACGGUUGAGGGUUGUUGAGGAAAAAGCUUUUCUCUGUAAAUAUAUAGCAACGUGUUUGGUUUGGAAUGUAGAGUCUAUACCUUGCUGCUGAUGGCGUCGUUUACUACAGCUUUUUUUAAGAAGCCUUUUUGCUUUACCAUUUAUCAUAAUGCAGUAAUGAAGCAAAAUGGUCAAAACUGGGUAUGUGGAAAAACAUAGGUAUACCCCUAUUCGUACAUCUACAUAUCCACCUACAUGUUUUGGUCUGUGGUUUAAGAGAAUAUUUCAAGGUUCCAUUUUUAUAAGCUAAAGCAUUCUAAGUAAAGGCAAAGAUGGAGAAAGCCCUAAACUCGGUAGAUUGUGAGUUUUUAAGUGUCUUUUUAACCAGAGUUUCUGAUAGUACUGUAUCUGGCUACCUAGAUUUCCAGAUCUAAAGCAAGAACUACUCUAACUGCUGCGUUUGGAAACCUCCUCCAUUACGCAUGGCCAGGACAAAAGGAGCUGGCUAUUUCCACGUCACCCUUAGCCUGGUGGACACUUUGAUCCUGCCCAAUUGUCUGAAAGGCCAGCUGUCCUUGUCUGGGGAUGUGUAUGUCUGGUCUUCGCCUGGGGUGAGAGCGGGGACCGUAAACACAAAUCAACAUUAUUUCUGUUUUCGUUCUUGCCCUUCUUUUCAAGCUCUUAAACUCAGGCCUUUAUGCUGUGAGUGGCUAGUCCAAGAAGCACACGUUUUAUAGUAGUCCUGCACCAGCCCUGCCCGUGAAUAAAAAGGAAAGUUACUGGCUGCACGCAAGUCUGCUGAUACUUAGGUUGGGGAAUGAGUGUCAGGCAUUGGAAGAGGUUUUCAAUUUGCUUUUUUGAGAAAAAGAAUGGGAGAUGGCUUUUGGCAUCAUAGCAUAUAUAUUAUGGAAUAAUCAGGACAUCAGAUACAUUUUAAUACAUAGCUGGGGCCUUACGUUGUAGAUGAAGCUUGCUGUUUUUAGCAAGUUCCUGGGUUUCACAUUCAUUUCUGAUGCAUCAAGUAGCUCCAUACAUUUCAUAACACGAUCUCUUUAUUUGUAUGCAAAAAAAAUACUGUAUUACUAAAGAGCAGCAUUUUUGUAACAAAGAGACUCGGAGCUAUUUGGUGCUUGAAUGUGACCAUCCUUUUUACUUUUGCUAAGCCUUAUUUAAAUUUUGUAUACCGUGGAAUAUGUAGAAUUUGUCGAAUCAUUUUAGUGCUGAAGGUUUUGAUUUUUGUUGUUUAUUUUGUUGCAGGGUUUUUUUUUUUUCUUUUUUUGGUGGCUUGUUUUGUAUUGUAAGAUGGCACUUGCUGAUGUAAGUACUGAGGCACUAAGAGAAAAUACAGAUAAGUAUUUAUAAAAUGCUUGGGAACCAUAGCCGGAAUUUUGUUUUGUUUUGUUUUGCAAGACCAAAAAAAUGACCAGUAAAUAACUAAUCUGCACCCAAACCCCCUUGGGGGGAAUGUCUUAGUAUCUUCAGGCUAUAAACUUGCUCAUCUAAGCACAGCUAUCAUCUUAGGGAUGUAUGGAUUGUAAAUCAUCUAGUGAGGCUGUAAACACCUGAAAACAAAGGCAUAACUUGGCUACUCGGUUGUCCUUUGUUGUAAAAUGAGUUGGCAAUGGCAAAAAAGGGAGAAAAAAAAAAAAGGAAAAAGCCUCCUCCUUGCCCCUAAUUUUUUCCCCUAUGGUUUUUAGCCGUUCGCCACACGACAUCGUGAAGCUGUGGAAGAAUUAAGCAUUUUACAAGAACGCCAAUGGGCUUCAAAAGUGGUCUCAACAUUUAUAAUACAUCUCCGUGUGCUUGGCAGUUGUCAUAACCCAAUCUUUCUACGCUCAGCCAUCGAGACAGGUCUGUCAGGGAGGUAGUUCAUGGUUUACAGCCUUUGCUUUUUAAUUGUCCGGUUUCCUUUAAAGCACAACUAGCUAUUUGUUUACAAAUGAUAUUUUCGAUGUAUAUUUUGUAUAGCGUAUCAUCAUUUUUGCCAAAUACGUUUUUUUUUUUUCCAUUCUGGAAGAGUAAAGAGUACUUAAGGUUGCAUUCAUGUAAUACCUGUUUGUUGUUGUAAACCUCUCCAAUCAGCUGGUAGAAAUUCUCCUGUGUUCUACUUGGUCAGUCUCCGUGUGAUUGUAAGACGUGUUCAACCUCAGUAGUCCUCCCAGCUGUAGAUUUACCAGCUUAAAAGUUUGUUAGGAUCUGUGCAAUAAAGUGUUUGCAGUCUUAUUUUCUCUAAGAAACUCCUUAUGGAUGUCAUAAUUGUUGUAUAUUGAACAAAAUAUUUAUACUUAUGCAGUUGCAUAACGUUGAAAUAAAAAUUUAGCAUGAAA